UUGUAAAAAAACAAUGCUUUCAGUUUCAGUUUAAUUGGAUUCAAGUUCUCUUCGUUAAAUAAAUAUCAUGGGAAAGUCAAGUAAAGAUAAACGUGAUGUAUAUUACAGACUGGCAAAAGAAGAAGGAUGGAGGGCUAGAAGUGCGUUCAAACUUUUACAGAUAAACGAAGAUUUUAACUUGUUUGAAGGAGUGAAGAAGGUUGUAGACUUGUGUGCAGCACCAGGUAGUUGGAGUCAAGUGUUAGCCAGGAAGUUAAGAGGAGGAGACUGUAAAACUGAAGAUGUCAAGAUAGUAGCUGUUGAUCUCCAAGCGAUGGCCCCGAUCCCUGGUGUUAUCCAAUUGCAGGGGGACAUAACGAAGAAGUCAACGGCACAAGAAAUCAUAUCUCACUUUGAGGGAGAAAAGGCGGAUCUAGUUGUCUGUGAUGGGGCACCUGAUGUAACAGGUCUUCAUGAUAUUGACGAAUACAUUCAAGCUCAGCUUCUCCUUGCUGCUUUGAACAUAACAACGCACGUACUCCGCACUGGUGGGACAUUUGUUGCUAAAAUAUUUCGAGGAAAAGAUGUCACUUUGCUCUAUUCCCAGCUGCGCAUUUUCUUCCCACUUGUUUCAAUAUUCAAACCUCGCAGUAGCAGGAACUCUAGUAUUGAGGCUUUUGUUGUGUGUCAGAAUUAUUCACCACCAGAAGGCUAUAUUCCAAAUAUGUCAAAUCCCUUACUCGAUCACAAGUAUGAUACAGAUUACAACAACCUUGAGGGGCCUAACCGAGUUAUUGUUCCCUUCCUUGCUUGUGGAGAUUUGAGUGGAUUUGAUUCUGAUAGAACGUAUCCGCUGAAUCUAGAACAGGGUAAGGAUUAUGUAUACCAUCCCCCAACUCAAGAGCCAAUUAGACCCCCAUAUGAAGAGGCUUGUCAACUUAGAAAGACAGAUCAACUAGCUAAAAUAGCAGAUCCUAAAAAGGAAUCGUCAAAUGCGGCUAAAGAAAAAACAGGAGAUACCAUUCCUUCUCCAAUAGAUACACUUCCAGAUUGUUUUGAUGAAGACAUUGACACUGACCGCACUGAACAAGAUGUUAUGGAAGAUUUAUCAGAACUUCAAAUUGGAUAAAUAACAUUGCAUACAUUCACUAGUUUAUCAUGU